AUGACUGGAGCCAGGAAUAUCAAUACUCACUCCAUCCUUGAUGACCCUGCAUCGAUGGAAUGCCUACGGCACGGCGGACCUGAACCUUGGGACACAGCAACCCAACACCUCGCGUUGUAUACCUGCAUAAACGCCACGAACACAAAGACAACCCAUCACUGUGGAGAUGGUGUCGCAAACCUUCUUCCACACAAGACGGCUCGUAGUCCUCCCGCUAAGAGGGCUUCUGGGACCUGUGUGAACACCGUUCGUGCACACCAACGGGCUGAGCUGUCUUGCCUCCACCGCAUAGCUCUCGCUUGUACUUCCAUCGUACAUCGUCGCUUGUCCCUGAGCAGUCGGGCAAUCUCGCCUCCCAUUCUUGGCACAUUUAUGUUUGAAGUUACGCGGAAGAGACGAUUAGUCAGGAACCAGCUAGACAUAGUUGCGGCUCGGAUAUCAGAUUCUGGUUCUGGGGUUGAUCAACCGAGACUACAAGCAUCCAACAUCUGCGCAUCGAAGCUUGAGCGUAUUGUGGCGUCCAUGAUACAGAUGCAGGAAAAGAAAACACUCUCGCGUGUUUCGACCUCCGCUGAUCCAAACUCGUAG